CUCCCGACUUCGAGAGACGCCCCCUUUUGUCUCCUCUCCUCCGCCAUUACUCGUUCCCUCUCGACGGAAUCCACCCGUACUCACAUCCUCCACGAGAGCUUUGCAUCAUCUCUACUUCAUCUCCUCGUUCCGUCCUCUCUUUCCUUGUAUCAAGCAGGUCUCGCUUUCGAUUUCUAGGGUUUCGCGGUUCACAGAUCACGAGCUCUUGCUUCAAUUCAAUCACGAGUAGCUGUUUCUUCCGAGAUUUUAGUCUCUGCGAUUCUGAAUUUCUAGCACGGUUGGUUAGUCGUUUAAUUUUUCGAUUUCGCCCUAAUAGAAGAUUUGAAAUAGCAAUUCAAGUGGUGUCAUUAAGCUCGUAACUGUCUGUUAUGGCGGCUAGGAGGAAUAUUAGGUAUCCUGAUCAUGAACUUAGAGAGAAAGAAUCGGAUUCUAGAUUUUCCAGGCGUGAUAGUGUUUACUCAAAUGAGAAUUAUGAACAUGCGAGGAACAGUGUUGUUGAUAAUGGAAAGGGACGGGUUAGUAAUUUUAGACACGGGGAUAGCGGUAAAGAUAGAGAUUUGGUUAACAGUGGGUUUAAUAGAGAUUUGAAGAGUAAUCCUGUUAGUAGGGAAGCAUUUGUUGGUCGUGGGGGACCUAAAAGAUGUGGGCUUUCAGCUAGGUCUGUGGAUAGGGAACCUGGUGAGCUCUCUAGUGAGAGUGGGUCUGAUGAUUUAGUUGAGUCUGAAUCUUUGGUGAAGGGUAAUGGAGCUGUGAAGCAGGUAGAGGAUAGAGCUCAAAGCCCUGUAGAAAAGAAGAGGAAGUUUUCGCCGAUAGUAUGGGACAGAGAUGAGCGCGAAAGAAGUAAAGAAAAACCUGUGGAGGUCACCCCUCUUCCUCCCCCACCACCACUUGUUAAGAGGUCAAGCCAGUCACCUAGUGUUGGCAACUCUCGUUUUCCUCCAGAACAGAGGAACAUGCAUGAAGAUCCUAAGCAAGUUGGUCUUCUUGAGGUUUCGGUUCCUACUUUGUCGUCUCCUGUAGAGAUAUCUUCGUCAGGUGUGGUGGAACAAUCAUCACAUGCUGGGAAGGAUGGAAAACAAGAGGAUGCAACGCACCAGGAAGAUGAGGAAAACAUGCCGACAAGGCAUAUAUCAUCCUCUAGGUGGGCUGCUGGUGAUAGUUCUCCUACUGACGAGGGUGAAAUAGUAGAAGUGGAAAUAAAUAAAAGGAGAAACAAACUACUUCCCGGGAGAUUGCGCAAUACGUCUUUAACGCCUGAGGUUGGGGAGUCUGUGAGGGAAGGUUAUAGAUCAUCUGAUUCUUUGCCGAGAAGCAGAGAUGAUUUUGAGGAUAAAGAUGCUGCUAAGGGUGACAAUAUGGAGAUAGAUGAUGAGGAACGCAGAAGAGGAAAUACUAGUGACAGCCUUACUGAAACAGAUUCUGAUGACGAAUAUGUUCGCCAUGAGACACCUGAACCUGCUACUCCACUGAGAAGUAUAAACAUGCUCCAGGGUUGUCGAAGUGUUGAUGAGUUCGAGAGAUUAAAUAAGAUAGAUGAAGGUACUUAUGGUGUUGUUUACAGAGCCAAGGAUAAAAAGACAGGUGAAAUUGUGGCAUUGAAGAAGGUGAAGAUGGAAAAAGAAAGAGAAGGUUUUCCGUUGACUGCUCUUCGAGAAAUUAACAUACUUCUUUCUUUCCAUCACCCAUCAAUAGUGGAUGUUAAAGAGGUGGUUGUGGGUAGUAGUCUUGAUAGCAUUUUUAUGGUGAUGGAAUAUAUGGAACAUGAUCUUAAAGCAUUGAUGGAGUCAAUGAAGCAACGUUUCAGUCAAAGUGAAGUUAAAUGCUUAAUGCUUCAACUCUUAGAAGGUGUCAAGUAUCUUCAUGACAAUUGGGUGCUUCAUCGAGAUUUGAAAACAUCUAACCUGCUUUUAAAUAAUCGAGGCGAGUUAAAGAUAUGUGACUUUGGUUUGGCUCGGCAAUACGGCAGCCCGCUGAAGCCAUAUACUCAUCUGGUUGUUACGCUUUGGUACAGGGCACCUGAACUUCUCUUGGGAGCGAAACAAUAUUCUACAGCCAUUGACAUGUGGUCACUGGGUUGUAUCAUGGCAGAACUAUUAGCAAAAGCGCCAUUAUUCAAUGGUAAAACUGAGUUUGAUCAACUUGACAAGAUUUUCAGAGUCCUGGGUACUCCCAAUGAAUCAAUUUGGCCUGGAUUCUCCAAGCUGCCUGGAGUCAAGGUCAACUUCGUCAAGCAUCAGUAUAACCUAUUACGUAAGAAAUUUCCAGCCACUUCAUUUACUGGUUCACCAGUUCUGUCCGACGCUGGCUUUGACUUACUGAACAAGCUCCUGACAUACGAUCCUGAGAGGAGAAUAACUGUUGAUGCUGCUCUUAAGCAUGAAUGGUUCAGUGAAGUCCCUCUGCCAAAAUCCAAAGAUUUCAUGCCUACUUUCCCUGCUCAACAUGCUCAAGACAGGCGUGGGAGGAGGAUGAUAAAGAGCCCCGAUCCUUUGGAAGAGCAACGUAGGAAGGAACUAACACAAACCGAACUUGGGUCUGGUGGUCUGUUUGGCUGAAGUGUGGCUCACGGUUGAUGCUCUCGGAUACCUUGGCAUUACCACAUUUUAUGCGAGGGCUGCUGCUUAAGCGGAGCUGGAUUCCUUGCAGGUUAUAAUGUGUUCACAAGCUAGGCUGGUCAGUUAGUAGUGCUGCAGCUUUCUGACAAUGCUUGUUCUGCAAGGUGUGAAAUGACAAUAAAAACUCAAUUCCCUACUGAAACUUAUGUAUGUAGCCGUGUUAUUGAAUAGUGACCUUUUCUUUUUUCUUUUUACCACUAUUGAGGGAGAAAACCUAUUCUUUUCACCUCCAAUUCUCUUAAUCAACUCAGUGUUUCUUUUAUUAUGUAAUAUUGUGAUUGCAAGAAACACUGGUGUUGCAGUGGUGAUGACAGUCGUGUAUUUGAUGAAGAAAGAUGGUUGCCAGUGAAUCUGUACAAGGUAAUGUAUAUUCUUGAUGUUUGUAGGGUUGUAGCUUUUCUUUUUUCCCCUCCCAGAAUCGCAUAUUACGGUUCUCCAAGAUCAGGUGGUUGCUCUGAAACUUCAAAGAUAUUAUUGUCUUUUCUCUGUAGGGAAAACAGUGUUCUUUGAUUUCCUUUUCUACUUUAAUCGCUUGGUAGCUCAUGGCUGCAAUAAAAAAUAGAAUCAAGGGUACUCGUAACUCCGCAUAACAAACCUUAUUAAGUUCUCUGAAAUAAGCUUUAGUUAGCUCUAUUUUGCUUUCUGUUCACCUUUUAUACCCGAG